AUGGAACUCAGUCGCGAAUACGCGGCCACACGUAGGCCGAGCAGAUUGCGGGAUCAUUUUGUUUCCUUUGCACAAAGCGAACCAUCGGAGCAUAUCCAGGACAGAUCAGGUCGUCAUACGACCGGUAACGGUUACUAUAGCACUCAAGAGAGGGCACACCGUGAUACUGCUAAGCGAGAGUACAGCAGACGAUACCGAAGUUAUGAUUUGGAAGAUUCCUAUGCGAAGCAGUACGACAAAACGUAUAUCUAUGCAAGGAGGGCCGUAUAUAGCCAUGAGUACGGCGAAUAUAACAUGCGGCCGAAGCCGGCGAGUAUGCCAACGACAACGCGAGAUAAUGGUCAUGUCAGCAAUAAGGUCAACAGCACACCCGAGGUAGACAGAGAAAAUGCGAGUGUGGCGCAUAAUAAUAUUGUUACUGCUCAUAGAAGUACGAGAAGAGCGGCGUCAAGGUGGGCUGAUGUUCUCGCGGAUCCAAAACCCUCAAACGAAGCGGACGAUAAAAUGCAGCUGAGGUACAGUUACAAACGAAAGCCACUAAAUGGGUCCAUAAAACUACAAACGAACGACUCUGUGACUGUUGAUUCCACUGCACAUGAGGCUGCAGCAACGUCGGUUCGUGUUAGGCCUUUCUCGCCGCGUAUUUCUACAAGGCGUGCUGCUUCGCUGCGGUUGGCCGAGGAGGCCAAAGUUGCAGAACUUUCUGUGGGGGAAUGUGUGGAUACAAAUAACGAAAUUAAAGCCACACAUAGUGACGUUUACGCGAAUCCUGGCCACGUUGCAGUGAAAGUACCAGACACGCAACAAACACACACUCCAGGGGAGAGCAAGGUCGAGGUGAACACAGUUGUGAAAGCUGAGAUUCCGACGACUGAUAAUAUUUUGCCUGUAAAGCGUAAGAGAGGAAGGCCUAAACUCGUCCGAGACACGUCUAUGCAUGCUUCUCCAACCCCUAAGAAGGAAAGGGUCAAAAGUGCCAUGGCAGGGAGUGCGGGGCCGGUGGUUACACCUGUCCCAAAGAGGACUAGUGCCAGAAUACGGUCGCAUAAUGCGGCAACUCCCUAUUCCAAUGAUGACCAUCUCUCCGGCGACACAUACGAAGAACAACUACAAAAGGCAAUCGCCAUGUCAAUCAUGGAAGUAGAGAACAAGCCAAUUGACACAGACAAAACGCAAGACGUUAAUGACGAUGUGUCUGUACAUAAGAAUGGGAAAAACAAGGAAAACGGUAACGCGGUCCUCAAAGAGGGCGUGGGGGAUCUCGACUACCUGCCCAGCACUCCCACCACGCCUGCGAAGAAAGUGGCGACCAAAAUUAAACGCAAAUAUGCAACUAAAACAACUGCAAAAACCGAAGGGACGAAAAGUAGUGGCAAGGUGCGUAGUCUCAGGCGCGUCAAAGAAGCAGCUGACGAGGCUGAACCCGACACAUUGCAGGCUAAGGAACUUCCAUUACCGGAGUCUACAAAGGAAGAUGUCACUGUCAUCAAUGACGGGGCUGAAAGCUCUAAGAUGCUGCUUUUUGAAGAAUAUUUGGAUAUGAGUGAACGUAUGUACUGUGGAAAGCCUUUGUGCGUCAGACAGAAGCAGGAUUCUGAAGAAAACAAAAUGGCAGAUACCACUGAACAAGACGAAUCCAGUGAUGAUGAGGCAUUGGCAAUCAAACGAAGCGCCAGUGGAUCGUUUUCACCGGCAGUCGAACCGCGCCCAUGUAUCCCAAAGAACAAUCACGGCAACGCCAACACAUCGGAUAACCUUCCCGACAACGGUGGUAGCGAUGACCCUUUCGAGUUCCAAUGUUCGAAGCUGGACCUUAGAUUCAGGGUGUCAUUCGCAAUGCUCACGUCGGAGCUAAGGCAAGCACAGAUGUUGGAUCUUUGGGGCCCCAAAGAGAUCGUUCUUUUUGAACUAGGCAUGUUCAAGCACGGUAAAGAAUUCUACGAAAUUCAGCGAAACAUACCAACGAAAACGGUUCAAGAUAUAGUGGAUAUGUAUUACUUCUGGAAAAAGACGAACCGGUACAAAUUGUGGAAGGCAAAUAGGCAGUACUAA